AUGGAUGAUGAUUUAAAUCAUUUAUCUUUCUCAUACAGGGAAAUAAAAUCAUAUUUUAGUUAUGGAGGAGAUGAUAUACUGAUUCUUAGCCAUUAUAACGCUUUUUUAUCGCAAUUCGACAAUUGUUUAUUCGCAGCACCUCUACCAAACACAAAAUUCCCAAUUUCACCCAAAGAUUUCCUGUUGAAAGAGGCACUCCUGAGAGACAAAGAUUUGAAGUUGGAUUUAGAUAAAAGAGAAGUUUUAUGUAUACUAGAUUCUAAUGAAGAAAAUUUCUAUAAUGGGAAGAGUUACAGUAACAAAUGUGUAAUCUCACUGGGAGGAAUUUCAAGAUAUGCAAUAAAUCCAUCAUCAGAUUUACUUUUCGUGGUCUUCUCGAAUAAUAUACUAUGCGUUUACUCACUUUUGUCGGACAAGCAAAACUGGAUUUAUCUGCAUUUAUUGUCGGCACUUAAGAUUAACAAUAAUAACAAUAACGUUAACACGAUUUGCGUUAGCGAAAACAACGAUGUAUGUUUCGGACUAAUGGAAGGAACAGUUUUAGUGUACAAUAAUAACAAAUUCAACCACUCAUUUAAGCUGAAAAAUUCCACAAUAACAUUAAUAAAGUGUUUUAAGUCGGAAAAGCUGUUUAUCUGUAAUAAGCUGGGCGACUUGUACCUGUACGAUAAGGCUAAAAAAGCGAAGCUGGCAUACUUUCAAGACCACACAACCUACGUCAAGAGUCUUAAUUAUAUCGUAACAAAAGACAACGAAAUAGGAUUAAUAACACUAGAUAACGAUAAUAUUAUAAAUCUGUGGUCCUUGAGUGGCAGAGUUGAUAAAACAAGCAAAGGUGAAGAUUUAGUCGUAAAUGUGAGUAGUAAAAACGAACCAAUCAUACCAUUUAAGAGAAUAAUCAAACACGAAAACAUAACAUCAAUAGAGGUGGUGUCGGGAAAGCUGACAGAAGAACUUGAUUCUAAAAGGAAAGGUUCCUGGAUGUUAUUGAUCAUAGAAGAGUCAGGCAAACUUUAUUAUCUAGACCCGAUAGACGAAUCAGUCCUACAUAAAAACACAAUCAUGUACGGAUUUGGACUGGUAAAAAAAGUUGACGUGACUAAGGAGAUGAUCAUGCUUCUGAGCUUAAAUGGAACGAUAAUAGUCUAUGACAAGUUGUUCAACUUAGUAAAGCUGUUCCUUUCAAAUUUUAAUAACUUGUUCCAAUUCAUACUAGUCCCAUCAAGUAACGAUUUAAGGUCAAAAGAUCAAGAAGAAAUUGAAGAGGAAUUUGAUUUAGAAAACUCAGAAGACCUUGAAAUUGAAAUGGAGAAAACUGUACAAACUAAUGUUAGGAAUUACUAUGAAUACAGUUUGUUAUGGUAUAACAAAUAUGCAAUAAACAACGAAAUGAUGAUAAUACUGAUUGGUGAUGAGGUUCUAAGAAUAUUGUUGCUGAACAAUACCAACGAAUUCAUACCACUGGGACUCUAUAAUACAAGUCAGACACAUAAGGAUGUCAUCACAACAAUUCAUUACAACAAGGAAGAAAACCUACUCCUGAGCGGCUCUAAGGAUAAAUUGAUAAUCCUGUGGGAUCUGAGCAAACUAAUACAACUAAAACUCAUCAACACGAUAAAUGUAGUAACAUCAGUGCUUAUGAUAGCAAGACCAAAUAACACAGUAGAUGUGAUAUCCAGCAACGACAACAUUAUUAAUUUGUAUACAGUUAAACUUAAUGAUCUGAAGUCAGAAUUGUAUGGUUUAUGCGGUGAAAUUGUUUUGAACAACAAAAUUGAUGAAAAAAGUGAAGGGGUCGGCGACGUGAAUGCAGAUAAAUCAAAUCAUACAAGUGUUGUCCACAAAACAAAUAUCAACUACUUAUCAUCAUCACAUAACCAAAAGUAUAUUUCUAGCUGCAGCAGUGACAAGUUGAUAGUGAUCCAUUAUUCAAACAAUCUAAUAGUGAAGGGAAAGUGCAUAGGGCAUAGAAAAUCAGUAUUAUACACAAAAUUCAUGAAAUUGACAAAGACACUCAUCAGUACAUCAAUGGACCAAACAAUCAGGAUAUGGAAUUUGAGCAAUUUCACAAAUAUCAAGAUAUUACAAGGACAUAAUAACUCAGUGAUGAAAGUAGUGCCAUUAGAUAAUAACCUGCAACUACUGAGUUGUGGACUGGACGGCUAUGUGAAAUUGUGGAAUUUACCAACCUCAGAAUGCAUACAGACACUAAAUAAUCACGAAAACGAUAAAAUCUGGGACAUUGACUUACACAAUAACCUGUUAUACAGCAUUUCCAAUAACCUAAUUGUGGUAUAUGAAGACUCAAGUAAGGAAGAAAGAAGAUUGAAGGCAUUGAAAGAUCACGAAGAAGAGAUUGUAACAUCGCAAAUCAACUCAUUGAUGUUGGAAAAUAACUUUAGAGAAUCACUGACGCUGUCAAUAAAGCUUAACAACAUCAAGUUAACCAACGACAUACUACAAAAGUUCAGAAAUAAAGUAAUUUUUCAGGGACAAAAGUUAGAAAAUGACCCAGUAGAUUAUGUAAUUGAGGGUAUAAGAGAAGGAGACGAGAAACUAUUGAAUAACUUGAUAGGCUUUAUAAAGAUAUGGAUCACUAAUAGGAAAGAUUAUUUGCUGGCGAAUGUGUUCAUAAACAAAUUGUUAAAGGAAGUAAAGUUAGAGCAAUUGCUAAAAGUUGAAGGACUCCUUGAAACCAUAGACUUUUUACUCUAUAACCUAUCCCACCACCAGAACAGACUAACAAACCUGCAGGAGAAAUCAUACCUGAUGGACAUGCUAACACACGAUAACACUCUGAGUGAACUGAACACCAACGCAGUAAACGAAGUGCUAUACAACUCAAAAUAA